AUCAGUAGCAAGGCAUCUAUUGUAGCAUUUGCUCACCAUGAAGAUCACCGUGGUACUCGUACUUCUCGCCACCUUCCUCGGCUGUGUGAUGAUCCACGAGUCGGAGGCGUCCACAACCACCACGUCCACCUCCGCCUCGGCCACUACCACUACUUCCGCUUCGGCGACCACCACUACUUCCGCUUCGGCCACCACCACCACUUCCGCUUCGGCCACCACAACAACAGCCUCACCUUCCUCGAGCUCAAAAAAGAAGACUGUCACUCACUAUAAGCGAAAGGUCAAGAGGCCAAAGAAGGUCAGGAAAAUCACAAGGAGAAGGGGUCUCAGGAGCCGCAAUGGUCGCAGCAGUAGAAACCGCAGAUCGGAAGAAUAAGAGAUCCAGGACCAAUAGAAAAUCCACGCCACUCUCAAUGCUGAACCCCAGGAACCAAUUGUUUUCUUUUUUUUUUAUUUCUUAGUCCAUAAGCUUAACUAACACUACAAUAAUUCUUUUACAAGUCAAUUAAGAAAUCAUAAAAAAAUAUACAUAUUUUGUGACAUGUC